AACCAAAGGUGAGACACUGCAGACCUUCAGAACGUCCUUCUCCUUCUGCUGGAGGGAGCAUGGCAGUGAGCCAAGGAGCUGGGACCCUCUGCUUUGUCCUCCUGCUGUGCUGCUGGCAAGAACUAUGUGGGACAUGGCCAAGAACUAUGACUCCAGGUUCAAGUUCUGGACCGCCGUCAAGUUCGUCAAGUUUUAAAAAUAUAGAUGAUGAUAUGGCCACAGUAUUUGAUGAAAUUCUAGUCCAGGAGAUUUUGGAUCAGAGCAAAACAACAUCGACUGAAAUGCCAAGUACAGCAUCAACAUUACUAACAGCAAUACAUGCUGGUACUGAUGAGAAUUAUCAAGUGGAUGGUUCUGAGAAUUAUCAUGAAUUAUUACAGAAUCUACCAUUUUCUUCUGGCACUGAGGACAAAAUUUCCAAUGACGAAGCCAGUGCUAAUGCGAAUCUCCGUGGUGCUCAUUCUGAGAAUUACUAUGGGCCUGGCAGUGAGAAGAGAGUUUCCAGCAAAGAAGAGAAGAAUUCAAAAAACACUCAGUAUAACAAUCUAUCCGUUCUGGACAAAAUCCUUCAAAAUAUGGGAAGAUCUUCAGGAAACGAUUUCCGUAAAGAACAGCCGAAGACGAGUGCUCAGAGCAGGCGCCCAGGCAGUCAGUGAGGCCACAGCCGCCGGAGCCCCGAGCGGGAGACGUACCUGCUAGGACCUCCACCCAGCAGCCUCUGGAACAGGGCACAUGUGUGCACGCACCCACAUUCCGUGAGCCAUUUGCAUAAAGGAAAAUCACUACUUCACACCAUCCAAAUGGAGUUGGUUU